AUGGAGUCCUACGUGGUGAGCUGUAAAUAUGCUGAGCCGCAGUUCCCGCCUUGUGAAGAAGAUUACAGUAAUUUUACUGACCAAGGGGGGUAUUACAACAGCCCCCAGGACAGUGGUAGUUACGGAGGGGGCUAUCAGCCAAUGCAGCCCCAUCAGCCUGCGUACGCAUCACAACAAACCGGCUACCAACACUCUUUGCAGGGCCAGCACCGGGAGGAUGGGGAGGACCACUCGCAGCAUCAGAGUGCCGCCUACCCGGCGUUCAGAAAGGCAGAGGCGGCCGGGAAGGAGAGGUUCCCGGUGGGAGAGCUGGGGUGUCACCAAGCCUGGGUGACCUGCAGCACGAAGUCCGCUCAGGUGCAGAAGAAAACGGCCUGCAUGGGCAAAGACAAGCCGCCCAUUGUUGUCUACCCCUGGAUGAAGAAAGUGCACGUUGCGCAUGUCAAUCCGAACCACCUGGGCCCGGAGCCGAAGCGCCUGCGGACGGCCUACACGCGCCAGCAGGUUCUGGAGCUGGAGAAGGAGUUCCACUUCAGUCGCUACCUCACGCGCCGCCGCCGCGUCGAGGUGGCCCACGCGCUCUGCCUGUCCGAGCGGCAGGUGAAGGUGUGGUUCCAGAACCGGCGCAUGCGCUGGAAGAAGGACAACAAGCUGCCCAACACCAAAGGCAGGAGCAAAAACAAGAAAGCCAAGGACAACAACAACAGCGACAUGGUGAAGGAAACGAUAAGUGUCUGAAAACAGAUUUAGGAGAAAAAAAAAUGGCUGCCAGAGGUAUCUUUACUUCAAAGCCGAGGUUGCAGAGUUGAUUUAAGAUGGCUGCAGCCGUGAAGAUAAUUAUAAACUGCUUUAAAUUUCAACACAAAGCUUUUUGAAUCCUUUCAUUUUUUUAAAUGCUUUUAUUUUGAAGGAUUCCACUUUACAGGUUAAAUCCGAGGCCGCAUCCUCUUCCGGUCUCAUAUUUAAUUAAUCCAUGAAUGUAUGGUACAAUAUCAAACAACCAACAUGGCGCUGGAAGCAUGGUGCCAUUUGUUAAAAGAAGAGAGAGAGAGAGAGAGAGAGAGAGAGAGAGAGAGAGAGAGAUGUUGUGCGUUUUUGGAGAAAACAGGGUUUUUAUUUCUACAGGGUAAACAUAUAUUACAGGGUUUUGUAGCUACCUAAAAAUGGUAAAAGUAGACUAAUUUAUGAAUAUGCACGUGACCAAAAUGUUCAACAAAC